AUGGAGGCAUCAUCUUUAUCUGGAGUUCUUUCAUAUACCAAACUUUGUGGUGGAAGUCUCUACUAUUCUGAUGAUAGAUUUUCAAGACGCAUUGCGUCUUUCUCACGACAUUCAUUUAAUGGAUUCAAUGGUGUGAAUAAACCUUCAUCUAAAGCCCUUAUCAAAGGACCCUUUCUCAGUGAUGGCCUAAUUCAGAGGAGAAAUCUGCAUUUGCAAGCAAUUUGCAGGGUGGGGGUUUACACCUUGAGUGAAAAUGAUGUUGUGGAAUCUCAUCACUCACAUGCCAUGGAGGAAAAAAUUGGGGUUCUUCUUUUGAACCUUGGAGGGCCAGAGACACUUAAAGAUGUUCAACCUUUUCUAUAUAACUUGUUUGUUGAUCCUUUGCCUGGGCUGUUUAAGUUACUUCAACGGCCAUUGGCGAAGCUAAUAUCUGUUCUUCGAGCUCCGAAAAGUGAAGAAGGGUAUGCUGCCAUUGGUGGCAGCUCGCAUUUGCGUAAAAUAACUGAUGAACAGGCAAAUGCUCUUCGAAUGGCUUUGGAGGCAAAGAAUGUGAAUGUCAGUGUGUAUGUUGGAAUGCGAUAUUGGUAUCCAUUCACAGAGGAGGUCAUUGAGCAGGUGGUUGUUAAGUUGAUUAAGGCUGUGUUUGAUAGGGGAAAAUAUUUUCCGGAAUUGCUAUAUAGUUCUUGCUGUCCUAGCCUCUACCUCAGCAUUCUUACUCCUGUUGGUGGCCUUGGUCGAUAUUUUCAUAAGAGGUUUGUGAUGGAUCGUAAUCAACAUCAAAUGGCAAUUGCCGGAGUCGUGGCUUCAGUUUUAGCUUUUGGGGCUCUUUAG